AUGGAAGAGAUGGCUGGGAAGUAUCUGCAAGCACUUGUUGACCGAAACCUGAUUUUGGUUUGUAAGAGGAGUUGUAGUGGAAAGAUCAGAAGAUGCAGCAUGCAUCAACUCUUAAGAGAUGUAUGUGUCCGAAUUGCUUCCACGCACAACUUUCUGCACGUUGUUGAGUCUGGGGGAUGUGUGACCAAUGAAAGGCCUUAUAGUACUCCGCGAAGACUAAGCAUUCAUCCUGAUGCUCUACAUGUUAAAUCCACAGAUAAAUUGUGGAAUUCUUAUCACAGUGUUCUUUCUGUUCUCUGCAUUGCUAGUCAACCAGUUAAAAAUCCAAUAGUUAUCUUCUCAAGAUUCAUGUUUCUCCUAGUACUAGAUGUUCUUCAAGUUCACUUUGUUGAGUUUCCUCGUGACAUCAUUAAAUGUUUUCGUCUAAAAUAUCUUGCUUUACACUAUGAUGGUUCACUCCCUCGAUCCAUAUCCAAACUCAAGUAUCUUCAAACAAUUGUCCACCAUUUUUCAUUUCGCAACUAUUGCUUACUUCCUAUGGUGAUCUGGGAUAUGCCUUCUCUUAGGCAUCUUUAUAUGAAGCCAGGUUGCUACUUAUCAAAACCUUUUAGGUGGCCUUUUCCCCUGAGUUUACCGAGUCUUCCAUUCUUGCAAACGCUUGUGGGAAUUAGAAACUUCAAAUGGAGCAAAGGCAUCAUUGGAAGAAUUCCCAAUCUGAAGAAUCUGGUUAUUUCAUAUGAUGUCUCCUCUUCUGUAUAUUGGCCAGCGUAUCAGCAUGAAACACUUGCAUAUCAGCACCGACUUGAGAGUUUGAAGAUCAUUAUCAAGUAUAAUGAUGAUGAUGAUGAUGAUGAUGUAGAGACAGCCAUUUCUCUUGAUCCACCAAAGCUUGAAUUCCCUGAAAACCUUAAAAAGUUGUGUCUAAAAGGUUGUGGCGUUUCAUCGGAAUGCAUGACAAGUAUUGGUAAAUUGUCAAAUCUGACGGCUCUAAAACUGAGAUGUGGCGCAUUCUCUGGCCCAUCAUGGGAGAAUGUGGAAGGGGAGUUCCCUGAACUGGCGUUCCUACUUCUGGGAGAUUUACGUUUGACGACAUGGCUAACUGAUGAAGCUCCCUUCCCGCGUCUUGAAUGCCUUGUUAUAAGGUUGUGCCACAAGCUAAAGGAGAUCCCUUCUACCAUUGGUGAAAUAUCAACACUGGAGAAGAUCAAGUUGGUUGAAAAGAAGAGAGAGGCAGGUGAAAUGAAUUUGGAGGCAGGAGGAGUCUUUCCCGGAAGGAUGCAGCUUAUUUCCGAUGUCAUCCAAAGCACAGUAUGUGAUAUCCUGCUUGUAGUGAUUGUCCUUGCCAUUGUGUUCAGGAUGUUUGAUCUCGGAACCACGCAGACUAAGCAUGACUCUGAUAGUAGUCGCCCGUGGCUCAUGUACUGA